AUGCCGUCGGUCCACGAGAAUCCGCUGGCCAAGAUCGAGUCAUCCAAGGGCGCCAAAAAGUCCAAGUCGUCCUCUAAGGUCGAGAGCCCUAUUGAGGUUUCGGCCGUCGAGCCGAAGGUGACACCCUCCAGCUCCGGCAUCUUGAAGAAGCCAGGCCAGGACAAAUUCACGGACCAACCGAUGCACGAGGCUCCAACCCUCACCCGCUAUCCAGAACCUGUCAUCCAGGAGACCCUUCCUUCAAGGGGCAAAUUGAAUCAGCCCAAGGUUGAGUCGCUGCCCCUCAAAAAUGCAGCCACACCCAUUCAGAAGUCACCUCUGCAGGGUGGCUCUGCACCUGUUGAUCCCCUCACGAAAAAGACUCCGACGGAGCACGCAACCACUCCCCUGGGAUCAAGCUCAUCCUCGAAACGUUCGCCCACGCCUCCCACCAGGGAGAUGACUCCGCCGGAACUAAUCAACAAACCGGCCUCGCCGACCUUCACCGCGACACCUCCCGUUCUACCUCCGAAGACGUCCCCUCCGCGAGAGUUGCCAACCACCAAAACGUUCCACCCGUAUUCGGUGCCAAAACCAUACACGUCGAUAAUGACUCAAGAUCUCCGUCAGAGGACGCCUGAAGAAAUCAUUUCCGGCAGGAGCAAAUCUUCGACCGCUUCUUCGCCGCGUUACAUGGACGAGACACCUUCGCCGCAAGCAGCGCCGCUGCCGAAGGUUAUUUCGCCACCGGCUUACAUGUCUCCUCCGAUGAUGACGUCGCCAACCGCUGUUUCACCAGUAGUAACGCAAGUUUCCCCUGUCACCGCGGUGGUGUCUCCCCCGAGAGAAGACUCUCCGCCGCCACCUCUUCCGGCGAAGACAAAAACCCCUACUCCGCCGCAGCAGACUUCCCCACUGGAUUUCACGCCAGUUGAAGUGACCACCAAGCAGCAAAGUCCGCUGUCGCCUAAAGAAAUCACGUCACCAGUGGUGCACAAGGUGAGCACACCACCGAAAGCGGAGUCACCCCCUCCGCUGCCCGUUAAGACGAAAACGCCUACGCCACCCAGAAUAGCGUCUCCUCCGAUUCGGGAGCCAACCCCGCCACUGAAAAUCAAGACUCCAACUCCACCAAGAGUGGAAUCGCCACCUUUGAAGCUAAAAACCCCAACUCCUCCGAGGGUCGAGUCACCGGAGUUGAAAACGAAAACACCCACUCCCCCGAGAAUGGAGAGUCCGGUGAUGAAAACGAAGACGCCGACCCCUCCAAGAGUGGAAAGUCCAGAAUUGAAUAUCAAGGCGCCAACACCGCCACGGGUUGAGUCCCCACCUUUGCUGCAGAAGUCUCCAACCCCUCCAAGGAUGGAGUCUCCACCGCUGAAGCAGAAGUCGCCCUCACCUCCGCCAUUGAAGCUCAAGACCCCGACGCCGCCUAGAGUAGAGUCGCCGCCCUUGCACGCGAAAACGCCGACUCCGCCUCGGUUAGAGUCGCCCCCGCUGAAGUUUAAGACUCCGACGCCACCUCGAAUAGAGUCUCCGGACUUGUUGGAACAGUUUGUUAGGGAGCUGAGCUCGCCGAUGAAGACCAAGACCCCCACCCCACCCCGGGUCGAGUCUCCGGAUCUCAUUAAACGUCAAUCGCCGCCCUUGCUGGGCACCGUGUCACCUGUUCUGGACUUCACCACGAGAUCACCGUCGCCGCCGCAGAAGGCCAAGACUCCCACGCCACCCGAGUCUCCGGUUCUGCAGUCUUUCAACUCGCCGCCGGCACCCAAGGCUGAGAGCCCGUUGGGCUUCGAGCGCCAGUACUCGCCACCAGCACGCCUGCCGUCGCUCAAGGACGACAUCUCGCCGCCGCAGUCACCCCAGCGGCAGGAGAGCCCCUCGCCCUUGCAGGAACUGCCUCCUCCUCGGCAGGAGAGCCCAACCUCCCUGGGCAAGGUUUCGCCGCCGCCGCAGUUGCAGGAGGAGUCGUCGUCGUCGUCACCGUGCUCGGAGAUCACUCCUCCGCAGAAGGCGUCGCCUCCGCUGCCCAGCCUGCGAAGCCCGACGCCCGAGAACGCGACGGCCGCGGCCCACAAGAGUCCCGUUCAGCCGGAGCCGGACGUGGUGCCACUGUACAUGCAGCCUGAGCACUUCCCGAUCCCACCCGAGUCUCCAGAGAUCGAAAUCCCACCGCCAGCGUUCGAGAUUCCGGCCCCCGUGGUGGUCGGGCUGCGCCAGGAGACGCCGUCGCCAACCUACGACAUCUCGGCCGCGUCGCAGGUCCGCGUCGAGUCGCCCGCCUUCGAGAUACCACCCCCCGCAGCUGUGCAUUCGUCGCCCCCGCGACAGCAGUCGCCCGACCUGCUGCCGCCGCCGGGCCGCAUCUCGCCCCCGCCUCCGCUCGACAUCAUCCCACCUCCGCGCGACGAAACACCGUCGCCCAACUUCUCGCAAGAAACGCCCCCGCCCACCCCUCAGGACCCGGCCGCGAUAUCGGCCGUCGACCCCAUCCUGCCUCCGCCCCCGCCCAUGUAGAUCGCUCGCUUUUCCGUUUCGACACACUCGAUUGAAGACGCCGCAUCUUCACUCGUUUUUUCCGUUCGUACAGUUAUGCCUCCAAAGCACAGACUUCUAAAUUAAGUAAGAGAAAUAACACGGAGAGAACAUGUUUUCGAGUCGGACAAGGCGUGUUCCACGAACUAAUAUUGCUGUAUUUUUAAUAUAGUAUCGCGUGCGGAAAUGCCAUUUUCAUGAACACACACACUUUAAUUGUGGGGGGUGUUGGAGACGAGUCGACAAAGACCUGGACCGCGAACAGAGAUAUUCAAGCUAAAGCUGAUGGAUGAUGUUGACAAAUUUCAUGUAAAUUUUAUGUCUCAGACUCGUGUCUGAAAAGAAUACAAACCAAAAUAGGAAUAUUAUCGUCGUUGGCGUUGAUAAUUAAGACCGCGAUUGCUGACAUUGAGAGGAGAUGAUGGGUUUUGAUAAGACUUACGCAACAAAAACCAAAAACUGAAACAUAUUAUAUCACACGCGCGAAGUGCAAAACGAGUAUGGGGCUAAGGAAGAGUUGAACCGGAGAGUUACAGCAUAAUUAUCACUGCCUUUUUCAGAAUUAACAUGCAAGACGAAGAGAGCAUCCACUUUUUAUGGCUUAAAUGUUUACCUUUAAAAGAAUUCAAUGUCGCUUCUCAGCCGCAAUAGCUGUAUUGCAAGCAUAAUUAUUAUAAUUAAAAGUAACAAAAAAGAAGGAGAGUCCUUAGAGCAGAAACGUUAUUCAAAGAAUUUUGCGUUCCAUUUUAAAUGGUGGCUAUAAAUGUGCGAACUUGUGGACCAAAAUAUGACCCGAGGAAUGAGGCAACGAGAUUUACACUAAAAUGUAGGAAGAAAAGCAAACGGCAGCUCAUCUCUGCGCGGAAAUAAAACUACUAACUUAGGAGUAGCUCGAGAGCGGAUUCGUAGUAAAGAGGGUGAGCAAAAAAUUGAGGUUGCGUGAAUUUUGUAACGGUCGCUGUUAAUAACCAAGCCCCACACCACAGGACACACCCAUCAGAUAAACAAAUAAAAAAAAUAAUAUCGUUUGAUUGCACAAUCAAAAUUGAGAAACACUACAACAACUACUACUGUCGUUUGAUACAAACCAACUUUCUUCGUCAAUAAUAUUGAAACAUAACUUUAGAUUCGUCUUUAUACACACACCAAUUUUGUUGUAUACAAAUACAAAAAGCUUACAUUCCCGAGUGCGGUUUACACGCAUCUUCAACUUUUGAUGAUGGGAAUGAAUCUCCUCUACGGCUAAACACGAAGGGUUGAAGAACCCACUCUCAUUCACAAUUAAUCGCUAACCUUUUUUCAUCUCUUGUAUAGAACCUCAGAAAGAAUGCCCGAGAUCCCUUCCGCGCGCGCACGAAGAGAGAUACACAACGUGAAUCGUAAAAAAUCGCUGUAGGCGUUGAAUUUUCUGUGUCGUACGUCUCUUUGAUUUCCAGUACAAAUGUGUAAAAAACAAAACGUAACUAAAACACACGGACCCAGGGCAGUUGCUUUCACUGUGAGGAAAAAUGUUGUUCAGUAAAAAUAAAAAUGACGAGUGUCUUAUUUUCUGCCGGCGGAACGCGCGCGAUCGCUCGGCAGCGAAUGGGAGCAAUCCCGUUUCUCGGACACUUGCGAAUACUCAAACCAGCGGAUCAAUUUUCUCUUUCAUAAAAACACACGUACACUCUGAACUGCCAAAUUUUGUCCUCUAGUUUUUAUGAUUCAACUUCGUUUGUGUUCAAGCGCGCGAAGAGUUUUACACUUUACGACGAGAUGUUGCUGCAGCUCACAUUGAAUAGUCACACGAGUUUGAGUCGAACUAAUUUUUGAAUUGUAUAAGAGUGGACGUAGCACACACACACGCAAAAGAGUCAUGUAAAUGUAAAGAUAUAUACUUGGUUUUAUGUAUAAUUAUAUAUACGUGUAGCGCGAUUUAUUGAGACUAUGCACACAAACACGAGAAUCCAUUCGAUGUACAGAGAAGAAGAAGAAGAAGAAAAAGCAGACGAGGACUUUAAUAAUUUACAACGUUGCAAUUUUAGCCGCUUAAUAAAAUAUUUACCAAGGGAAAUUCGCGUUAAAUUGACUGAUACACUUGCUUUUCCUCGACGAUUGCGAUUUUGAAACUCAAUUAUUACGAAUAUACUUAUCUUAAGUAAUUUAAGACGCAAAACUCACACACACACUUUCGGUAGACCUGUAGGGGUGCGAAAAGCUAUGCCAAAUAAUACCCUUUUUUACUCUCCUUAUGAAAAAAUAAGCGAAUCAAAAUUUUGCUCAUUUCACCCCCAUGCGAAUCACACAUUUUUAUCACUCUUUCGUGACUGUCGCAUUUUACUUCAAAGUGCUGAGUGUUUGUGUGUGUGACCAUUUUCGGUGUCGAGUUGUAAAGCACCGCCGCCUCGGCCGGUUGGGGCGAGCGCGCCGGCCGAAACCUGCCGCUGCUCCGCGCGCGCCGAGGCGAGGCUGUUUGUAGACACGUUUUAUUCACCCUUGGAAUUCUCCGCGAAAGGUGGUUGGGAGUGAAUUGCGUGCGAGAAGACGCGGAGGCACGAAAUGUUGGACGGUCAGUACGAGGAAAAUAAUUGUGCUCCCAACGCCUUUGACGACUAAUUAUUUACACGCAUUACUACCAAUAACCCUUUUUGUACAAAAAAUGUUAUAUAACUGUUUGUGUACUCUUAAGAUAAAAAAUCCUCUUUGUGGUAGUCAUCUUAACAUUAUAUAUCAAUUAAAGUAUGUAAUAAUUGAAUAAAAAGAGAGUAGAGAAA